GCAAAACAUAUAAUAUCCGAACGUCCAAAUUCACAGUUAUUGCUACCUUGAGCCUUCUGCUCCUGCGAUAUAAUGCUGUACAUUUUGGAGGGUUAAUUGAAACACCCGAAGAUUCGCGUUUCGGUGGCACCUGCUACCCGUUUUUUUUGUUUACUUCGUUCACUCCUUAGAAUCACAAAAUCUAGAGUCAACUCACGGCAGUGGUCAUAACCGACGACCUGCCGUGCCAGAGAGCUAUUCAGCGGAAGCUGCGUGAAGGGCGUCCACUUGCUACCUUCCUUUUGGUAGGUAGCACUCUGGAUUUCAGCUUCUAGAACCCCUCCUGCUGGGCAUAGAGCACACUAGACAGUAGCAGCAAAGGCUGUCCACCACUAAGCAAAACAUGUCAACUACAUCAGGUCCAAGGACCCCAGAUUCUGCCUCUCCAGAAACCCCCUCUUCCCCCUCGUCCUCCAGGCCACAAAGAGAUGCCUCGGUCGCGGGCCGAUUCAGCCUGCCAAGUAGCCCAAGACUGGAUACCAUCACGGAGCAUAUGGCGACUACGCAAAUUGGGAGGCACGGAUCUGUCUCCAGCAUUUCAUUUCUACCACCAAGUGAAAUGUCUGGUGUCUCCUGGGCAGAGUCAAAGCCGCGAAAGUUGGGAAGGCGCAGGACAUUAUCACCCCCAGCACCAAGCAAGUUUGUGCCUCACGUUUCAUUCGACAACUUCGCUGGCGGGGAGCCGACGGAGAGCAAUACGAUAUCGCUCACGUUGAACGAGAAACAUCGAGGUUAUCAGCACAACAGGCGAUCGCGUACGCUUAUGGUAGGUGUCGAUGAGAAUGCCUACUCUAAUUAUGCGCUGCAAUGGAUGCUAGAUGAAAUGGUGGACGAUGGCGAUGAGAUUAUCUGUCUGCAUGUUGUCGAGAAAGACUCGAAGAUUAGGAACGACAAGAGCGUUACACAGAAGAGUUACCAGAAGGAGGCCAAGAGGCUCAUGAAGGAAAUACAAGACAAGAAUGCGGAACAGAGGUCUAUAAGCAUCGUGCUUGAGUUUGCGGUUGGGAAGCUACAGCAAACAUUUCAGAAAAUGAUCCAGCUUUACGAACCAGCUAUGCUCAUUGUCGGUACGAGAGGGCGCAGUCUAGGGGGCGUCCAAGGCCUGAUCAACAAUCGCAACUCCUUCUCCAAGUGGUGCCUACAAUACUCUCCCGUACCUGUCGUAGUCGUACGACCGAAUGAUAAACGAGACAAGAAGAAGAAGAAACGAGUGAACGACCCCACACGACACAACUACGCGCACAUGUUGGAGGGGAGCAGUUUAGGAACACACGAGGCGAAUCUGCUCCCCAGCAGGUCAGAGAUUCCGGUCGAAAUUCUUCCAACCAGAACGCGGGAUGAUGAAGCACACGAGGUCGCGGCUGCGCUUGGCCUUCCGGCGAGAUUUGAUCCCACAAUCCGGUUGCUGGAUGUCAAUAAGAGGUUGCAUGCGCAUGCGCAGCAGACACAGACGCAGACACAGACGCAGACACAGACGCAGACACAGACGCAGACACAGACGCAAACCCAUAGCACGACAGCCUCGCAAGAAAGCUUUUUUGACAGCAGGCCAUCCACCCCAGGCGGUGGGGGGACCUUGAAGUCUAGCGUUGCAGACAGCCGUGGGGCUAGCGAUGAUGAAUUGGGAGACGAUGAUGACGAAUUCGAGGUUACUCCUGGUGCCGCCUUGAUUGGGGAUGUUCCGGAGGCUCUGGAGAAGCAUCAGAAGCUGCAGGCGAUGGAGCAGGGCGAGGCGGCAGCAUUGGCUGCGGGACGGAAACGAUCUCUCGAAUCGGUAGAUAGUACUCGGUGUUCCACCCACUCGCUUCGCUCGUAGGUGGCGACAGCAAGUUGUGCGUGCGACAGCAAGAUGUGCGUACACCGCU